UUACUAAUAUUUUUAUACAUAAUAAAAAAAAAUAGCGUCAAUAAUUUUGAGUACAUAUUUUCUACUUUUAGACACAUUUGGCUCUAGUAAACAAAUUUUACCUUAAUAUCAAUAAACUAAAACUGCAGUUGCAUUGUCCUGUGCACUUUAUAAUUACAACGUCAACUGUGUUUCUCCUGCUCGCAUAAAUAAGAAGUUUUUUCAAGUUUUCUGGUGCUUAGGUAACAAAUGAUAUUGAAUUUUGAGUAUCAUGUAUGAAGAGGAUAAUAAAACGAUAUGGUGCGGUAACAUAUCGGAACAAGUGACUGAGGAAAUUCUCUAUGAACUGUUUUUACAGGCAGGCCCACUUGAAAAAGUAAAAAUUGUUAAAGAUCGAGAUGGAAGACAAAGGAACUUUGCAUUUAUAACAUACAGACAUGAAGUGUCCGUACCAUAUGCACUGAAUUUAUUUCGAGGUACAGCUCUUUUUAAUAAAGCAUUAUCAAUGCAUUGUAGAGGGCGAAUGGUUCCUUUACCACCGUCUAUUCGUGCAUAUGGUGAUGAAAUACCCCUUGAAAUUCCUAACCAAAAUGUUGUCCAGCAAUUUGCUGCCAUGACAGAAAAGAUUAAAGACAAUAGCCAAAGACCCAUGCCAUUAUUAAGAAGUGAAAUUAACCAUGAGCUUGUUAUGGCUAGCUUACAAGGAAAUUGGUUGCAUAGGCACCACCCAUAUCAAAGUAAAGAUAACAGAAAGCAUGGGAGAGAUGACAAUAGACACAAAGAAAGUUCAAAAAAGUACUCAAGCCACUGGAAGGAUAGGAAAAGGUCGAGAAAUUAUAGAAGAGACUAAUUAUAAAUAACAUUAGGGGACUAAAAUAUUGUUUUGUGGAAUAAAUAGUAACUUUUAUUAAAAAAAUUACAAUUUAGAAGACCAUUCACUGAGUUACCUAUUAUUGUAUAUAAGGUAUAAUUAAAAUGACAACAUCAAUAACUUUUAUAUUCAUGCAUUUAAUACAGCUAUAUUGUAUUUUCACCAGUGUCCAUUUAAAAUAUAGCCAACUUCAUUAAGAAAUCCCUUGAAUUCUUCCUGUAAAAGUAACUGAUUGUUAAAAGAAUAGUUAUUAAUGUUUUUUUUUGAUGAAAAAAGAAGCAUCAAAAAGUCAUCAUUGUUAUCUUAACCAUUUAUUUAAAUAUAAAACAAACAUAUUUUAAUACUAAUAUUUUAAACCCUCUAAUAAAAUGUUGCAAGUUAAAUUUACUUACAAUUUUUGUCUUAUAUUUGUAGGCAACAUAGCCUAUAAUUUCUGAAAUGAAGAUAAGGGAUACUAUAUAGAAGACCAGUGAAAUUAAUUUCUCAUCCAUGUCAAACAUAUCUGAAUGCAAUAUUUUGUAUGUCAAAUAUGUCCCAAAUAUGCCACGGAGGCCAAUAAAUAGAAUUAAAUAUACUA